GUGGAUUAGGGAGCCGUCAAUGCGACCCUGGUGUCUCCGCCGAGCAGGUGAUCCUUGAGGCUGAGCGAGGACUGCGCUGUCCUGCGGUUUCCUCUCCGGCGGGGCUUCUUCGAAAGAUGAUCGCCAGCCUCGGAAGGGGCUGAUCAGCGCAGCAACAACUUCAAUCUGCGAGAAGCUAGAGAGGGACGGAAAACUCACGCAGCACCCCCUCCAUCAUUCCUUUAUUCCCUUUCUCUUCUUAAAGUGCCAUAGCAGCAGCCCAGGUCCUCCUUAAAGACGGAAGGAGCCCGCUAAGGCGAACUUCUUGGGAUUUCUGCGUCUCCUUGUUUUGAAGUUUCAGCUUCGUCCGGAAAGGGGAGCGCGCGUUGCGGGGGGGGGGGGGAACCGUUGUUUUGGUUUGUGUUUUGGAAUAAACUUUUCCAAUGUUUGGGAUCCAAGAUACUUUAGGAAGAGGACCCAUCCUGAAAGACAAGGUGCUGGGCUCAGAGAUGGAUCCUGUCCGGUCCUGGGUCAGGAAUGUCGGCGUGGUGGACGCUAACGUCGCCGCUCAAAGCGGCGUGGCUUUGUCGCGAGCCCACUUCGAAAAGCAGCCGCCCUCCAACUUGAGAAAGUCAAAUUUUUUCCACUUCGUCUUGGCGCUUUACGACCGGCAAGGGCAGCCCGUGGAAAUCGAGCGGACGGCCUUUGUGGACUUCGUGGAAAACGACAAAGAACAAGGCAACGAAAAAACCAACAAUGGGACCCACUACAAACUGCAGCUUCUUUACAGUAACGGUGUCAGAACUGAACAAGAUCUCUUCGUUAGGCUUAUUGACUCAGUCACAAAACAGCCUAUCGCCUAUGAAGGACAAAACAAGAAUCCAGAAAUGUGCAGAGUUUUACUCACCCAUGAAGUUAUGUGCAGCCGUUGUUGUGAAAAGAAAAGCUGUGGAAACCGCAAUGAGACUCCUUCAGACCCUGUGAUCAUCGACAGAUUCUUCUUAAAAUUUUUCCUCAAGUGCAAUCAGAAUUGUUUGAAAACAGCCGGGAACCCUCGAGAUAUGCGACGCUUCCAGGUUGUGUUAUCAACAACGGUGAAUGUCGAUGGGCACGUACUGGCAGUAUCUGACAACAUGUUUGUUCACAACAACUCAAAACAUGGACGGAGGGCGAGAAGGCUUGAUCCGUCUGAAGCCACUCCCUGCAUCAAAGCAAUUAGCCCAAGUGAAGGCUGGACCACAGGUGGAGCAAUGGUUAUCAUUAUAGGAGACAACUUCUUUGAUGGGCUACAGGUCGUUUUUGGGACCAUGCUGGUAUGGAGUGAGCUGAUCACCCCUCACGCCAUCCGUGUCCAGACACCCCCUCGUCACAUCCCUGGGGUCGUUGAAGUAACAUUAUCAUAUAAAUCCAAGCAGUUUUGCAAAGGAGCCCCUGGUAGAUUUAUUUAUACAGCUUUAAAUGAGCCUACCAUAGACUAUGGUUUCCAAAGACUCCAGAAAGUUAUACCAAGACAUCCUGGUGACCCAGAACGACUAGCGAAGGAGAUGCUAUUGAAAAGAGCAGCUGACCUAGUUGAAGCACUGUAUGGAACGCCACACAAUAAUCAGGACAUUAUUCUGAAGCGAGCUGCUGAUAUCGCAGAAGCUCUCUACAGUGUCCCCAGGAAUCCAGGCCAGAUCCCUUUGUCAAGCUCUCCAGCUCACAGUAGCAUGAUGGGCAUCAACUCCUACAGUAGCCAGUUGGGAGUCAGCAUCUCAGAAUCAACACAAGGAAACAAUCAAGGUUACAUCCGCAACACAAGCAGCAUCUCCCCGCGAGGUUACUCUUCCAGCUCGACCCCUCAGCAGUCUAAUUACAGCACCUCCAGUAACAGCAUGAACGGCUACAGCAACGUCCCCAUGUCGAACCUGGGUGUUCCUGGCUCGCCUGGAUUCAUUAAUGGCUCUCCCACAGGAUCUCCCUAUGGCUUGAUGUCUUCAAGUCCAACAGUCGGUUCCUCAAGCACUUCCUCCAUCCUCCCAUUCUCCUCCUCUGUUUUUCCUGCUGUCAAACAAAAGAGUGCCUUUGCUCCCGUCAUCCGACCCCAGGGGUCUCCUUCCCCGGCUUGCUCCACUGGCAAUGGAAAUGGGUUCAGAGCUAUGACAGGUCUUGUCGUUCCUCCAAUGUAAAAGAAGAGGAGGAGUUGCUGGAGUCCCCUUCGACAUUUCCCCUCCUUUUUUACAGCACAAAACUACUUAUUGUUAUGGAGCACUAAAAGGGGGGGUACUACAAGUUCUAUUGCUGGGGGAAGCAAUGUGCAGAACGCAAGGGCACUUUUAAAACAAAAUAAUAGUGAAUCCGACACACCAGGAGGCUGCUCUCAUCUGUUCCGGGUUUCAUAUAUGCUGGCAUCAACCCACCCCCUCUCACAAGAACAUUAAAAUGAGGAAUUGGCCAUGAUCCAAAUGCACACUGUUUAUGGGAUUGAGUCCGGAGUACAAGAAUUCUUUUUUUCUUAUGGACACAAAGCCUUCCUAAUGUUUGUAAAAUAUUAAACGGAGGAACAAAUUGGCCAACCAUUCAAGCUUGAUAUUUUGGAUACUCUUUUGUUUUACUUUGUAGGAAAAUAAAAAUAAAAAUGUUGAAGUUUCUAUUUUCUAUGGAGCCUUUCAGAUACCAAUUUAGUUUGUGCAGAAAAUAAUAACCACAAAACAGGGUACCAGCAUGGAAGUCUUUCCUAUAAAACUGAUAUGAAUGGUGGAAUGUGGGCGUAUGUGUGUAUUUGCUUAUAGUUUAAUCUCUUUUAAAAUGGAAAAUGUAAGAUGUUUUACAAUUAUUUAAAUAAAUAAACUUGUAAGUUAUUGUAUGUAGAGGUAGAAAUUGAAGACUUUGGUGGGGAGGGGAACUUUUUCUGUCUCCUGUUGUACGAUGAACAAAAAUAAUGCAAAAAAAAGCAAGCAGCUACAAGCGUACAUCUUUAUAGUACAAUCUGUCUUCACUUCUCUCCUGCUUCUGAUUGAACCAAUGUAUAAGAAUUCCUUAAAUUCUUCACGAAGGACUCAUCCACAACCUUUUAUACGCAUAAUGGUAUAUAUACAUAUAUAUAAAUAUAGGACAGUAGUUAAUGUAUGAAUAUUAUACACCUUUUUCACCUUUUGAUUCAAUUAAGGUUUCAGGUACUGACGUAAGCUGUCUAGUUUCAUACAUCCUAACCAGUAACUCUGUGGCAUGUAUGGGCUUUUUAUCAGGUUUUUGUGCAGAACUGUCAGGUUGCAAUUUGAGCAAGAGGGAACAGAAAAAGAUUUCUCCUAUUGUUGCUUUUUUGUGUAGCAAAGGCAAAAUUCUGUGUGUGUUUCGGAGAAUGUUGAAACUCAUGUAUGAGGGAUUUUGCCCAAAUUCUAUCUUGGAUGCCAGUCGAUAGUCACCAACAUUCUUAAGUUUGGGGAAAUUUGUCCAGAAUUGUCAAUGUUCAUAUCUGAAUGCUGACACAUUUCAAUCAAAUUUCAGUUAUUUGAUGUAACAUGUACAUUGUAAGAAACAAUGCAGCAAAAAAAUCAGGAAUUUGGAUUUGAAUAUACAUUUGGCUCCCUGGCAGGCCACUGAUCUCCAUGGGUUUGUACAAUGCUCCCCUCCCUCCCUCCCUCCCUCCCUUUUUUUUAAAGAAAAAGAAAAAGUGGCUAGAGGGACAGGUUCUGCACAUGCAAACAAUGGGGCCCUCCAUUGAAAUGAAUGGGGAAGCAUGGCUGCACAAGAGAUUCAUAUGUGCUUUAAAUGUAAACGGAUCCAUGAUUCAGGGCAACCAUCUCCGGAAAUUCAUGAGGAAUGCCGUGAAUAAGCUGAUCCAUGCCUCCCCUAUUCAUGUGGUGAUUGCUGGUGAGAGCUGUUCUAAUGAAUUGGUAGAGUCCCUAAGACUUUCUAAACCCCCUUCUGCUUCUGUCAUUGUAAUCAUCUCCACUGGAGUCCCAUAUGUUGAUAAUAUGCCUAUAAAAAUCUAUUGAUCACUUAUUGGCUUUUUACAAUAUACUAUUUAUAUAUGUACCUGUAUUUUAAGGUGAAACCCAAACUUCUGUGCACCCAAUGAGGGUAACUGUGUUUUUCAGGGGAAUAAAAACAUUAGUGUUUUCCCA